GACGCUCAUCGUCAUCAUACCGGAAUAUACAUACACAUAUGUAUAGCGAUUUGAGCAAAUAAGAGCUUAUGAACGCAUAAGCCUAUCAAUUCAAUCGCCUGAUACUUUAUGAUGAGUGUUUUUUAGACCAAACUAUAUAUCGAAACUCAUAAGAGAUUAUUUUAAUACCAAAGCUUCACAAGACACUAAAUCUUCUUAUGCUUCUUAUUCUUCCAUUAAAAAAUUUUUAGACUUAGGAUUCCAUUGGAAGACAAGUAAUUAACUUGAAUUAAAAUGCUAUCAAUUAAUUUAUUAGUAUGCAUAGAUAAAUAUAUAAUACAUAAAUCAAUAUUAAAGAUAACGAUUACGAUUCUGGAUUUACGAUUGGUAAAACCAGAAGCUACAAGAAAAUCCCAUGAUGUUAUUCUAAAUCAAUUCCCUCUAAACCUAAUGGCCUAAUCAAUAACAAAUAAUUCUUAAUCAAUAAGAAAUAAUUCUGAUUCAAUUUGUUAGAUUGAAUCUCUUUGGAAUAGACAACAAUAUUGUGAUGUUCUAACUGCGAUUCUACUAGAGCCACUGGUGACCUCAGGAGAAAAAUCAGAAUAAAUCGGAAAUGAUUGGAUGAUACUUGAUUAAUAUUAAUUAACUGGUUUACCUUUCUCACGAACACUUGUACACGAGUUUACUGUCCACACUUGAUAUUUAUCAAAUAUUCAAGCUUGAAUGAGCAACAGUCCCAGUCGGCACAACCCCCAAAGUAUCUCGUUCAUAAAAGAGAGGCCUCGUGAAUAACACAGUCAGUUACUAACUUGGAGUUACAGGUUACGGAUUGUAGUUGACAAACAUGAAGCAAUUAGUAUUAUUCAUUACAUUUUUGAUUAUUUUGACGGUCGGGAACGCACAGUUCGAGGAUGAUCAGUUCGAUUUGGAUGAGGGUUGGUUCACUGAGGAAAUGUACAAUGAUCCGUAUUUUGUGGAGUUGAGAAAUAGAGGAUAUACAACUAUUGUACCAGGUACGAAAUGGUGUGGUAGAGGCUCGAUCGCCAAAAGUUUUGAUGACCUUGGAAAAUAUAAUCGGACUGACGCAUGCUGUCGUGCCCAUGACAAUUGUCCGAACAUCAUGAAACCCAAGGAGACCCUCCACGGCCUCACUAAUCCCUCCUCCUCCACCAGCCUCAGCUGCAAGUGCGACGAUGAAUUCUAUGAUUGUCUGAAGGAGAAUAAAAACUUCCCGAGCAAGACCAUUGGAACUCUCUAUUUCGACAUUCUGAAGAAACAGUGCUUCGAAGAAGUGAAUGGAAAAUAUAUGUGGAAAGAACCCAAGGCGUUCUCCGACGGAAGGUUCAUACAGUUCUUGAGAAAACUCUUGUAAUUUGUUUGGUUCCAAGGUCUGAAUAAACUUGAAUUGAGUUGUUGAGUGUAAUGUGAAGAAAAAAAAUUGAAAAAGCCAAAAAAUGUGUUCAUCAGUGAUAAUUUAGCCGACUAAUUACGACUUUGAUGAAUCCACUGUUAAAAGAAUUCGAGUGUAAUCAUUUUUGAAGCCUCUAUUUUGUUUAUCAAAUUAUAUAAUGUGACGUAUGAUACAUAUCUCGAUUUUGUAUAUAAAACUUCGGUUCUAAAAACGUCAUGAAUAAUGGAGCGAAGAAUGGAAAGAAAUUUCUAUUUGUUGCUGAGGCUGAUUAUGUUUUUGAUUCACUUCUCAAUUUAUAUUGUAAUAAAUAAUGUAGAUUAAUACACAAUAAUGUGACUGAAAGAAAUUAAAUAUUCUGGAUUGUUAUGAAUAAUAACCAAAGACGUUGUGAAUGGUCUCA